GAAUCAAUAAUGUCAGCACUAAACUGGAAGCCCUUCAUCUACGGAGGUUUAGCAUCAAUCACUGCAGAAUGUGGUACUUUCCCCAUUGAUUUGACCAAAACACGUCUGCAGGUUCAAGGUCAAGUUAAUGAUGCCAAAUACAAAGAGAUCCGCUACCGUGGAAUGGUGCAUGCACUAGUCAGAAUAUGCAGAGAAGAAGGAUUGAAAGCCUUAUACUCUGGGAUUGCACCUGCAAUGCUACGCCAAGCUUCAUAUGGAACUAUAAAAAUAGGCACUUACCAGAGCUUAAAAAGAAUGUUUGUGGAGCAUCCAGAAGAUGAAACCCUGAUGAUAAAUGUUCUGUGUGGCAUUCUUUCGGGAGUGAUCUCAUCAUCUAUUGCGAACCCUACAGAUGUCUUAAAGAUCAGAAUGCAAGCCCAAGGUAGUGUGAUUCGAGGAGGAAUGAUGGGCAACUUCUUACAGAUCUACCAAAACGAAGGCACUAAAGGAUUAUGGAAGGGAGUAUCAUUGACAGCACAGAGAGCUGCUAUUGUUGUUGGAGUGGAACUGCCAGUGUAUGACCUUACUAAGAAGCACAUAAUUAUGUCUGGAUUUAUGGGAGAUACAGUUUAUACUCAUUUCCUCUCAAGCUUUACUUGUGGGUUAGCUGGAGCCCUUGCGUCCAACCCCAUUGAUGUUGUGAGAACACGCAUGAUGAAUCAGAGAAACCAACAGCACGGGGGACACUUGAACUACAAGGGUACUUUGGAUUGCUUGUUACAAACAUGGAAAAAUGAAGGCUUUUUUGCUCUAUACAAAGGGUUUUGGCCAAACUGGUUAAGGCUUGGUCCUUGGAAUAUCAUUUUCUUUCUGACGUAUGAACAGCUGAAGAAACUAGACUUCUGACGUGCUGAACUGUAUGCUGAAUUCUGUUAACGUACUGUUUGAGUUUAGAGCAACUUGUAA